GAUUCUCUCUCGUGAUCUCGUUGGCUGCGGCAGCAGCAGCGUCGCUGAGGCGCGCAGAGAUCGCACAGCGAUCGCCAGUCUACCCCCGAGUAAGUACCUGACUCGGGAGAAGGCGAACUUUGCCGAGCGAGCGCAGCCUACUACCUACGACGCCUAUGCUUAUUAUUAUAUAGCAUAGGUAGCCGCCAUCCAAACCUGUACCACAGCACAGCAGUCGUUCUCGCUCGAGGCGGCAAGUGGUGAGCGGCCAGUGUCUAUUGUGCGCGCGUGUAAGUGUGCUAGUGCUCUGGCCAGUAGUGCCCAUUGUACUACAAGCGGCGAUCGCCACUCGAGUGAAUGGACUCUCGGCUCCGCGGACUCGCGCUUCGGACUACUCUCUAUCUACCUUGGCCAGCUUCUGUGCCGUAGCCGAACGGAGAACCGCCACUCGGAGCAGUCCUCGUUUUUCCUUCCGCUGCUGUUCCUCGCUGAGCAGCCCCGAUCGCUCGUCAUGUAUCCGAUGAGCGCCGAUCUCAAGGCUUCUUCCUUGGCUUUUGUCUUGCUCUUCGCAACCACUAUUCUUCACGCUUUAGUCGAUACUGUUGAGGCCAAAGGGCAUAUCAAUUUUGGAUAUGAUGGUGCGCAUGGUCCGCAACACUGGGCAGAAGACUAUGAUACUUGUUUCGGUAAACAUCAAUCCCCCAUCAACAUAGAAGAGCACAUUGUGCGGGAUGUGAGCUUCCCACCGUUGCUCUUUGCCGGACUUGAUUUAUCACGGAGAUUUUAUUUGUUGAAUAACGGUCACACCGCGCUUCUGCAUGCUCCAAACAGCAGCGAGCAGGCCUACAUGUCGGGUGGGCCACUCAAGGGCAUCUACGCGUUCGAGCAGCUUCACUUCCACUGGGGCGAAAACGACCUGGAAGGCUCCGAGGAUCUCAUCAAUAAUCACUCGUUCGCAAUGGAACUGCACGCCGUCUUCUACAAAGACCAAUACGGCUCGAUCAACGAAGCAGUCAAGUACCCCGAUAGAUUGGCCGUACUUGCCUUUUUCUUUGAGGCAGAAGCAAGUGAUCGGCUGAAUCCGACCUUCCAUCCGAUCGUUGCGGCCCUACCGAAAAUUGAAAAGGUUGGUUCGGAGAUCCAGCUGCAUCAGAGCAUGCGAUUGGAGCACUUACUCAAUCCAGCUGGUCCAUUAAGCGACAGAAUGCAGAAUUAUUUUACUUAUAAUGGUUCGUUGACUACGCCUCCUUGCUCCGAAGUUGUCGUUUGGAUCGAUUUCAAACAUCCUCUCUACCUUUCACAUUCGCAGCUGGAAUCAUUCCGCAGCAUAAGUAGUUCCGAAGGACAAAAGCUGACGCAUAACUUCCGACCAGUGCAGCCCUUGUCGGAUCGGCUUGUGUUGCACAACUUGCCAGGCGGUCCCUGGAACUCGCGUUUCGAUCAGCCUUACUGGUCGGCGGCCGGACCGACUACGACUGCUACCACAAGCUUUGCCCUGCUCUUCCUUGCGUUCAUUGUCUUGUUCAUGUUCCACUAGCUCAUCUUGUCACCAUUAGAUGUUUUUUUACUAAUAACUCAUGUGCAAAUACGAUACUUGUAAGCAAUUACCGCUCUGUGAUAUUGCACUGCGAUCAAUUGUUUUUUUUUCGAUUUAUUAAAAGUGAGACACAAUUUAUUCAACGAUUUAUAAAGCCCAAAAUGAUACUUGGAACUUUUUGUCUUUAACUUUUUCACAAAAUUUCACUCUCUGAAUUUCGAUUGAAGAAGCACACAUUUUUUUAUAUGAACUCAUCAAAAAUAUGAUUCUAAUUAACAAACUUGGUCAAAGCUCUAUCGUUUUUCGACAUUGAUAACAUAAACUGAUGAUUAUUCAGUCAAGUCUGUUUACAUUUUAAGUAAUGUAUUUAUAAUGUAAUACUUUUAAGAAAAAAUACUUUAGAAAUAUACAUAAAUCAUUUUUUGUAACAAAACUUCAUUGCCAUGUUAAAAUUAAAUUUUUUUUUUAAAUCAAUUAUGAUUAGAUUAAAGUUAUUAAUAGUUAUAUUUGGUACUUACAACUCUUAAUUUAUUUGAAUUACUGCAUUAAUAAGCCGUGUGUAUGUUUGUGUAUGAAAGUAUGUUUGUGUUCAUGUAUGUACGGGUGUGGGCGUUUACAAAUAUAAUUUUUGAAUAAAAUUUAAAUUUAAAAAAAUGAUAAAUUAUUCUCUAUAUAUACUCGCAAAUUUUCAGUACUUGAUAAUCAAAAAAUUUAUCCAAAUUAUAAUCAUGAAUCGAUUAUGAAAUUGAUAUAUUAUUUUCUAUUAAUUCUAUAUUCAUUAAAAUUUGGGAGUAAAUAUAAGCUGUAGGUCAAAGUUUCUCUAUGUUAAUCUUUGUUUUUAGCGAUUAAAAAACUUUUAAUAUGAUUUAAGCAACAAUUUUUUGAAAUAAUAUUAUUAUG